UACGUGCUCGUUCCUUCUUCCGCUCUUUCUUUUCUCUUUAUUUUCAGCUUUUUCUUAAUAUUUUUAACCUUGUUGUAACCAUUUUUCAAACAAUAAAAGUGUAUUUGUGUUUCUUUUUUCACCUUCUUCAAGCCCACACACGGGCAUUAAUAAAUUAUAUUUUGCACCUUUAUUUAGAAAUUAUUUAUUUUUUAAAACAAUUUUUCCUUGAUUUUUUUGUCCUUUCCAACCCAGAUAUCUCUAAAAAAAUUUUUAAAUUCAGAUUUUUAUUUUUUUUUUGUUAGUAAAUUAAUUAUUAUUAGUAUUUUUUAUUUAUUUUAAUUUUAUUAAUUAAUUUAAUGCAUCAAAAUGGUUAUUGAACUUAAGGGUAGUAGAAAUUCACAAAUUAAUGGAGGAUUACCAACAACAACAACAAUUAAAAAUAGUGCAACUUCAAAUAGUUUAUUUUCUUCAGAGUCUCAAUUUUCUUCUGAUAAUGUAUUAGAUGAUGAAUCGACAAGUUUGGAUACACCAGAUGACCCAGAAAUUAAAUCUGUACUUAAUAAAAUGGAAGAAUUGAAUAGAACAAACGAAGCAGAUAUUCGUAGUGUAACAUCCAAAAUUUCUUCAAGUUCUCAAGCUGGACGUUCUUCCUCUCCUUUACCCAAUGGAAAUAAUCGCUAUGAAGAAUUGUUACCUCCGCGAAGUAAUUCUCUUCAACCAACAGUUGAAGAUGAUGAGGAUUUUGACCUUUGGACGAUUUGGGGAAAUCUUGUAAAAAGUUGGGAAUUAGAAUGGAAGAGGCGUCCAAGUUGUGUUAAAGAAUUAGCUCGUCGUGGAAUACCUCAGCAUUUUAGAACUAUAGCUUGGCAAUUAUUGUCUGGUGCAAAUGUUAAAUUAUUACAUGAAAAUUAUUCAGAAUAUUUACGUUUAUCUUCACCAUAUGAAAAAGCAAUUUCAAGAGAUAUACCUAGAACAUUCCCAAAAUUGGAUUUUUUUAAAGAUGAGGGAAAAGGACAACAAUCUUUAUUUAAUGUUAUGAAGGCUUAUUCAUUGCAUGAUAGAGAGGUUGGUUAUUGUCAAGGUUCUUCCUUUAUUGUUGGACAACUGUUAUUACAAAUGCCGGAAGAAGAAGCUUUUGCUGUUUUUGUUCGAUUAAUGGAAAAUUAUAGACUUCGAGAAUUGUAUAAACCAACAAUGACAGAAUUAGGUUUGUGUAUGUUUCAGUUGGAAAUGAUGGUUCAAGAACAAAUUCCGGAUCUUUACAUGCAUUUUAAUAAUAUGGGAUUUGAUACUUCAAUGUAUGCUUCUUCCUGGUUUUUGACUGUUUUUAUUACAACACUUCCAUUAGACUUGGCAAAUCGAAUAAUGGAUUGGUUUUUGGUUGAUGGAAUAGAUACAAUAUUUAGAAUUGCUCUUUCAAUUUUACAACAAUCUAGAAUUGAUUUGUUACAAUUGGAUAUGGAGGGAAUGCUAAAAUAUUUUCAAAGAGAAGUUCGUUCCCGUUAUGAAAAUGAUCAUGAAUUACUUUUUACUAUAGCUUCAAGAAUUCAUCUAAAUGCGAAAAAAAUGAAAAAAUUGGAAAAGGAAUAUUUGUCUAAACGAACAAAAGAUCAAGAGGAAGCAAUUGAACUUAGGCGUCUACGAACAGAAAACAGAUUACUUCGUCAACGAAUAGAUUAUUUGGAAAGUGAAAGUUCAGCUUUAGCAGAUCGUUUAGUACGUGGACAAGUUGAUUUGGCACAACAAGCAGACACUUGUUUAAAUAUUUCUCAUGAAUUAAAUAUUUUGAGGGAUAUAAAUUAUGAUGCUCAUAGACGGUUGGAAGAUGCACAUCAAUCGAUACGAGAAUUGCAUAUGCAAAAACGACUUAACUUGAGAGAUCAAGAAGUUCAAGUAGAUGAUAUUUCAAUGAUUGAACAUAUACAUCAAUUACAACAAGAAUUAAUUGAGACCCAUUCUAAAAAGGCAGAUUUAGAAAGCACAGUCCGAGAGCAAAAACAACGAAUAAAUGAAUUAGAAUCAGCAAAUAAACGUUUUAAAGAAUGCCCACCAGAAGGAGGAGAAUUAAUCCGUGUAAAAAUGAGAGAAGCAGAAUCAUCACUUUCUUUGAAAGAAAUGCGUCAAAAACUUGCAGAAUUUGAACAACAAUGGCAGGCAUAUAUGAAUUUACGUGGUAUUCAACAUUUUAAUCAAACAAGAGAAUCAGCACAUUCUCCACCUCUUUCAUCCCAUUCCGUGGAUGAAGAAUUAGAGGUUAUCCCUCCACCACCGCAAGAGCCUUGCCAUUCAACAAAUACUCCUCCAACAGAACAACAGCAACAACAACAAAAUAAUCAACAAAGAAAAAAUACAAAAACAAGAUUAGCAAAAAUAGCAACAAUAAUUGGGGCUGCUGUUGUUGGAGGAGGAAAUAAUUUAAAUGAAGUAAAUAAUGGGGAAACUUUGGAAGGUUGGAAUCAACGAGAAUUGGAAGAUAAUUUUAUUGGUUUACGUAUAAAAGAAGCUGAUACUUUGGCUGAAUUGAAAGAAAUGAGACAAAAGUUGAUGGAAAUGGAGACACAAAAUCAUGUUUGCACUAAUCAACUGAAACGACAAGACGAUGAAAUUAAGCGAUUACGUGAAGAAAAGGAGAAUUGUGUUCAGACAGAAGCAGAAUUACGUCAAGAAUUACGUGACUGUGAACGUAAAUUGCUUGAAUUACAAAGCGAAUUGAAAGAAAAAAAUAUUAUGCAAAGAUUAAAAUAUACAGAAGCUUUACAAACAGUUGCUGAACUUAGAUCACAAUUGGCACAAAUUGAAUCAAAGAAGGCAGAAAAUGAAGCUAGAUUACAAAUUCGAGGAAGUUCUGUUUUUGAUCAGGAUCCACUUUCCUCAACUCGUUCAAUAACAAGUCUUGAUGGAAUUCAAUCACUUUCUUCUGAAGAAAUGGCAGCAUUUAUAGCUGGAAUAAAAUCAAAUAAAAAGAAUGAUGAAGAUUUUGAAGAAAAUGAAGAAGAAGAAGGAAAUAAAAGUGAAGAUUUCAAGGAAAAGAGGGAUAAAAAAGAAGAAAAUAAUAAAGAAUCAGAACAACAACAAUUAAAUUCAACAUCAGAUUCUGGAUUAAGUUUAAGCGACGGUGGUAGUUUUACUCCAAGUAAUAAUAUUAAUGACUUACAACAACAAAAAGAUCAAUUAUUAAUAAUAUCCCAACCACCUUCUCCUCCAACUUGUUGA